ACGGCAGGGAGCAGGAUAUGGUUACUGGACUUAGUCCCCUGCUCUUCAGGAAGCUUAGUAAUCCUGACAUAUUUUCACCUACUGGAAAAGCUAAACUCCAUCGACAACUUAGUCAGGAUGACUGUAAAUUACGGAGAGGAAGCUUGGCCAGUUCUCUGUCAGGUAAGCAGCUGCUCCCUUUGUCCAGCAGUGUACACAGCAGUGUGGGGCAGGUAACUUGGCAGUCUGUAGGAGAAGCGUCAAACCUGGUUCGAAUGAGAAACCAAUCCCUUGGACAGUCUGCACCUUCCCUUACUGCUGGUUUGAAGGAAUUGAGCCUUCCAAGGAGAGGCAGCUUUUGUCGGACAAGUAAUCGCAAGAGCUUGAUUGUAACCUCUAGCACAUCACCUACACUACCCCGGCCACACUCCCCACUCCAUGGCCACACAGGUAACAGUCCCUUGGACAGCCCCCGGAAUUUCUCUCCAAAUGCUCCUGCUCACUUUUCCUUUGUUCCUGCCCGUAGCCAUGGUCACAGAGCAGACAGGACUGAUGGACGGCGCUGGUCUUUGGCCUCUUUGCCUUCUUCAGGAUAUGGAACCAAUACUCCUAGCUCUACUGUCUCGUCAUCAUGUUCCUCACAAGAAAAACUUCAUCAGUUGCCUUUCCAGCCUACAGCUGAUGAGCUACACUUUCUGACAAAGCAUUUUAGCACAGAGAAUGUACCAGAUGAGGAGGGACGACAGUCUCCAGCUAUGCGGCCCCGUUCCCGUAGCCUCAGUCCUGGGCGGUCCCCAGUUUCCUUCGACAGUGAAAUAAUAAUGAUGAAUCAUGUGUACAAAGAAAGAUUCCCCAAGGCCACUGCACAAAUGGAAGAGCGACUAGCCGAAUUCAUUUCCUGUAACACUCCAGAUAGUGUGUUGCCCUUGGCAGAUGGUGCCCUAAGCUUUAUUCAUCAUCAGGUGAUUGAGAUGGCCCGAGAUUGCCUGGAUAAAUCUCGGAGUGGCCUCAUUACAUCACACUAUUUCUACGAACUUCAAGAAAAUUUGGAAAAGCUUCUGCAAGAUGCUCAUGAGCGCUCAGAGAGCUCAGAUGUAGCCUUUGUGAUACAGCUGGUAAAAAAGUUGAUGAUUGUCAUUGCCCGCCCAGCUCGUCUCCUGGAAUGUCUGGAAUUUGACCCUGAAGAAUUCUAUCACCUGUUAGAAGCAGCUGAGGGUCAUGCCAAAGAGGGACAUGGAAUUAAAUGUGACAUCCCCCGCUACAUUGUUAGCCAGCUGGGCCUCACACGGGAUCCCCUAGAGGAAAUGGCCCAAUUGAGCAGCUAUGACAGUCCUGAUACUCCGGAGACAGAUGAUUCCGUUGAGGGUCGUGGGGCAUCUCUGCCAAAUAAAAAGACCCCCUCUGAAGAGGACUUUGAAACCAUUAAGCUCAUCAGCAAUGGCGCCUAUGGGGCUGUCUUUCUGGUGCGGCACAAGUCCACUCGGCAGCGCUUUGCUAUGAAGAAGAUUAAUAAGCAGAACUUGAUCCUACGGAACCAGAUCCAGCAGGCAUUUGUGGAGCGCGACAUACUGACGUUCGCUGAAAACCCCUUUGUGGUCAGCAUGUUCUGCUCCUUUGAGACCAAGCGUCACUUGUGCAUGGUGAUGGAAUAUGUUGAAGGAGGAGACUGUGCCACUCUGCUGAAGAACAUUGGGGCCCUGCCUGUGGACAUGGUGCGUCUGUACUUUGCAGAAACUGUGCUGGCUUUGGAAUACUUACACAACUACGGCAUUGUGCACCGUGACCUCAAGCCUGACAACCUUCUGAUUACAUCCAUGGGGCACAUCAAACUCACUGACUUUGGACUUUCUAAAAUUGGCCUCAUGAGUUUGACAACCAACUUGUAUGAGGGCCACAUUGAAAAGGAUGCCCGGGAGUUCCUAGACAAGCAGGUAUGCGGGACCCCGGAAUACAUAGCACCUGAGGUGAUCCUGCGUCAAGGCUAUGGGAAGCCAGUGGACUGGUGGGCCAUGGGCAUAAUCCUGUAUGAGUUCCUGGUGGGUUGCGUCCCUUUCUUUGGAGACACUCCGGAGGAGCUCUUUGGGCAAGUGAUCAGUGAUGAGAUUGUGUGGCCUGAGGGUGAUGAUGCACUGCCCCCAGAUGCUCAAGACCUCACUUCCAAACUGCUUCACCAGAACCCCCUAGAAAGACUGGGCACAAGUAGUGCCUGUGAAGUGAAGCAGCAUCCGUUCUUCACGGGUCUGGACUGGACAGGACUCCUUCGCCAAAAGGCUGAGUUUAUCCCUCAGCUGGAGUCAGAGGAUGACACCAGCUACUUUGACACCCGUUCAGAACGAUACCACCAUGUAGACUCUGAGGAUGAAGAGGAAGUGAGUGAGGACGGCUGCCUUGAGAUCCGCCAGUUUUCUUCCUGCUCUCCAAGGUUCAGCAAGGUUUACAGUAGCAUGGAACGGCUUUCCCUGCUUGAGGAACGCCGGACACCACCCCCAACCAAGCGCAGCCUGAGUGAGGAGAAGGAAGAUCGCUCAGAUGGCUUGGCAGGGCUGAAGGGCAGAGACCGCAGCUGGGUGAUUGGUUCCCCUGAGAUAUUACGGAAGCGGUUGUCUGUGUCUGAGUCGUCCCACACAGAGAGUGAUUCAAGUCCUCCGAUGACAGUGCGACACCGUUGUUCAGGCCUCCCAGAUGUGCCUCGAUGCCCUGAGGAGACCAGUGGCACCCCUCGGAGGCAACAACAGGAGGGUAUAUGGGUCCUCACACCCCCAUCUGGAGAGGGGUCAUCUGGGCCUGUCACUGAACAACCACUGGAGAGGCAGCUGAAGCUGAAUGAGGAGCCUCCUGGCCAGAGUGGUGCGUCUUGUGCAGCCAUGGAGACACGAGGCCAUGGGACCCCACAGCUGGCUGAGGAAGCUGCAGCCAAAGCCAUCAGUGACCUAGCUGUGCGCAGGGCCCGUCACCGGCUGCUCUCUGGGGACUCUAUAGAGAAGCGCACCACUCGCCCUGUCAACAAAGUAAUCAAGUCUGCUUCAGCUACAGCCCUUUCCCUCCUCAUUCCUUCAGAACACCACACCUGCUCACCAUUGGCCAGCCCCAUGUCCCCGCAUUCCCAGUCAUCUAAUCCAUCCUCCAGGGACUCUUCUCCAAGCAGGGACUUCUUGCCAGCUCUUGGCAGCUUGAGGCCUCCCAUCAUCAUCCACCGAGCUGGCAAGAAGUAUGGCUUCACCCUGAGGGCCAUUCGUGUCUACAUGGGUGACUCAGACGUCUACACUGUGCACCACAUGGUGUGGCAUGUGGAGGAUGGCGGUCCAGCCAGUGAGGCAGGGCUUCGUCAGGGUGACCUCAUCACCCAUGUCAAUGGUGAGCCUGUGCAUGGGCUGGUCCAUACAGAAGUGGUGGAGCUGGUCUUGAAGAGUGGAAACAAGGUAUCAAUUUCAACAACUCCCUUGGAGAAUACAUCUAUCAAAGUGGGGCCAGCUCGGAAAAGCAGCUACAAAGCCAAGAUGGCCCGAAGGAGCAAACGAAGCCGGGGCAAGGAUGGGCAAGAAAGAAAAAGAAGCUCCCUGUUCCGCAAGAUCACCAAGCAAGCCUCCCUGCUGCACACCAGCCGCAGCCUUUCUUCCCUUAACCGCUCCUUGUCGUCAGGAGAGAGUGGUCCAGGCUCUCCCACACACAGCCACAGCCUCUCUCCCCGAUCUCCUCCUCAGGGCUACCGGGGAGCCCCUGAUUCUGUGCACUCAGUGGGAGGGAAUUCAUCGCAGAGCAGCUCUCCCAGCUCCAGUGUGCCCAGUUCCCCUGCUGGCUCUGGACAUACACGGCCUAGCUCCCUCCAUGGUCUGGCACCCAAGCUCCAACGCCAAUACCGUUCUCCACGGCGCAAGUCGGCAGGCAGCAUCCCACUGUCACCCUUGGCCCACACCCCUUCUCCACCAGCAGCAGCAGCUUCUUCGCCUCAGCGUUCCCCAUCACCUUUGUCUGGACACGGAGCCCAGACUUUUCCUACCAAACUUCACUUGUCUCCUCCACUAGGUAGGCAGCUCUCACGGCCCAAGAGUGCAGAGCCACCCCGCUCCCCACUGCUUAAAAGGGUGCAGUCUGCUGAGAAGCUGGCAGCUGCACUGGCAGCUUCUGAGAAGAAGUUAGCCCCUUCCCGCAAGCAUCGUCUUGACCUGCCCCAUGGUGAGCUGAAGAAGGAGCUGCCACCCAGGGAAGCCAGCCCUCUGGAGGUAGUUGGAACCAGAAGUGUGCUCUCCGGGAAAGGAUCACUUCCAGGAAAAGGGGUGCUGCAGCCUGCUCCUUCACGGGCCCUUGGGACCCUCCGGCAGGAUUGAGCUGAACUCCGAGAGUCACUGCAAAAGUAAGAAGCUAUCCGGGAAGUAGACUCCUCAGAAGAUGACACUGAUGAGGAGCCUGAGAAUGGCCAGGCCACACAAGAGCCAAGACUGGCCCCCCAACCAGAAGCAGGCAAGAAUCUACCCCCUAAAGGUUCAGGAGAGGAUAGGGAAGAGGAUGCUCUCUUACACAGGGAUCUAAAGAACCAGGCUUCUGUACGCUCUGGGCUGUUGACAGGGGACAUACUAGGUUCCCCCCGAAUAGAAGUUCCUGGGCUCUCCCAGAGGAGGCUCUGGAGGCCACAAGCCUUUGAGGAAGUUACCAGUUCCUUAGAAGCCCCCAACCCCUCUGAAGGCUGCUGGAAGGCCCAGCACCUCCACACACAGGCACUAGCUGCACUUUGUCCCAGAUCUUCAGAACUUACCCCCACCAGGUGCUCUGCCACCUCCACCUCUGGAACACCAGGAACAUGGUCCUGGAAAUUCCUUAUUGAAGGUCCAGACAGGGCAUCCCUAAACAAGAAGAUAACAAGGACAGGAGAACCAGCUAACUCCCAAGAUUUGGAAGCCACAGCUCCAACUCUUCCUAAGAACCUGUCUCCUGAGCAAGAGAAGCCACAGUCACCUGGGCUGACCUAUCCACUUCAUGAGGUCCCCAGCCAAAACUGGCUAUGGGAGUCUGAAUGUGAACAAAUGGAGAAAGAGGAGCCAGUCCUGAGCAUCAUGGAAUUGCCUGAUGCCUCGGGCGACAGGAGGCAGGACAUUCCAUGCAGAGCCUACCCCCUCAGCCCAGAAACUGGGCCCAACCUGCUCUGGAGAAACCAAGAACCUAGGGGCCAGCAAAAACAUCCAGACUUGGCCCUGGCAUCAGAUGAGCUUCGAAAGCAAACAUAGCAGUUGGGCUUGCUUCCCUUGCACUCACCUGUGUAAUACACCCUCCUGGAAACCA